ACAAGACAUGGUCCAGGCGCGUAUGCGCGCAUCCUUAUCGUUGAAGGGGCUUGUCUCACACUGACACGACUAAUCAUAGGUGAUAACUCAGAAGAGAAGCAGCUGACAAGGAAGAAGAAAACCCCGAGCUCCUCCUCUCAACGAAUCAUAAUGGAAGCUACGGCAGUGUUCGAAGGGAAGCUGGUCCAAGAGCUGGCUAAGAGCGGCGGUCAGAUAACACCCCAGUUUGUUCAGAGAGAGGAGAAUCGUCCCAUCGGUUCUUCGCCGCCCGCCUCCAGCGUUCCAAUCAUCGACCUCCACCGCCUAUCCGAGCCGGAUGGUGGCGAGGAGCUCCUCCGGCUCAAGUCGGCCCUCCAAACCUGGGGCCUGUUCCAGAUUGUCAGCGACGAGAUGUCAGCUGCGUUCCUUGAUGAGGUGCGGAGUGUGGCUAGAAAGUUCUUUUAUCUUCCUAAAGAAGAGAAACAGAAGUAUAAGAAUCUCACAGAUGAUGGAAAAUUUAAGAUGGAAGGAUAUGGAAAUGAUAUGGUGGCAACAAAGGAUCAAAUCCGUGACUGGAAUGAUCGUCUUUAUGUUUUAGUGGAGCCAGAAAGUGAGAGACAUCUAGAACUUUGGCCUGAUAAUCCAAGCUCUUUCAGGAGUUUAUUGCAUGAAUUUUCCAUGAAAGCAAAGAAGAUUGCCAACAAUGUUCUAAUGGCAAUUGCAAGGCUACUGGAACUGGAAGAAAAUUACUACACUGAUCAAAUGGGAGAUGCUACUGCAUUUGCGAGAUUUAAUUACUACCCUAGUUGUUCUAAUUCUGAUGCUGUGAUUGGUAUGAAAGCUCACUCUGAUGCUUCAGCUCUCACACUUGUCGUGCUCGACAAAAAUGUGGAUGGAUUGCAAGUACUUAAAGAUGGAGAAUGGUUUUCAGUCCUCACUGUUCCACAGGCUUUACUUGUCAACUUGGGAGAUCAAAUGGAGAUAAUGUGCAAUGGAAAAUUGAAGAGCCCUGUGCAUAGAGUGGUAGCAAACUCUCAGGACAGAAUUUCUUUGGUCAUGUUCUAUUCUCUUAAUUUUGAAAAAUACAUAGGGCCUGCAGAGAAGCUGGUGGAUGAAGGAGAGCCACAAUUGUACAAGAAGUUGCUGCUGAAGGACUACCUCAAUCAGUUCUUCAAAAACUUUGCCCAAGGAAAGAGAGCCAUUCACUUUGCAAAGAUGUAAAUUAACAGGAAUUUGUGUAAUGUUGAGGAUAAAAUUAUAAUUUUAUUUUCACUUGAUUUAUUUGAGAUUAGGGUCAUAUAUUCAUCUCAGAAUAUAUUGAUGAUGAUAAAUUUACACAACAGCAUAAUGAUUGAGGGUUGUAUGUCGACUAAUUCUUAUUAUUAAG